UAUCAACUACCAGCUACACCAAGGAUGUCGGAGCUGCCGUUGUUGUCCGGGGACUCUCCUACGCCAGCUCCGGCACCUACGCCUUGUCCUGCGUCUUCGAUGGUUUGCUACGCCAUCCGCCUGCCGCCAGGGGAGGAGCUAAAGGGGGUCUUGGCAGAGUUUACGUCACAAAAAGAAAUUCGGGCCGGGUUCAUCGUGUCGUGCGUGGGGAGCGUACGCGACGUGUCGUUACGCCUCGCCGGAGCGGAGCCCCCGGCGGGCUGCUCACCAAGCUCGUCCUCAGCGGCGGCGGCGGCGGCGGCGGCGGCGAUACGUCCUCCAGCUCCGCAAGAAAACAUCACGGCGGGGUCGCACUACGACCAGUUGCAGGAUUACCACCAACGAGAAGAGGAAGAGCAGCCGAUGCUCCGGACGGGCCCGGACGCCCGAUUCGAGAUCUGCUCUCUUGUCGGCACCCUCUCCCCGGAGGGCCUCCACCUGCACGCUUCUCUCGCGGACGAAAAGGGGGCACUCUGCGGGGGGCAUCUCGUCCGGGCGACGGUCCACACCACCGCCGAGAUCGUAAUCGGCGUGGCUUCUUCGCUGGAGUUUUUCAGGGAGAUGGACCCGAGAACCGGGUUCAAGGAGCUCGUGGUUUCGGGGCCGGACACCUCCAGAUACGAAAACUUCUUGUGUUGCAACGCGAUUCUGGUGAUCGCGGUUACGUUGGUGACGUUGGUGCUGGUGGUGGUGCUGGUGGGCGGCAGAUCUUCGGUACGAUGAAACCAGAGAGGGGCGGCACUUUUUGUACAACGCGUGUGGAGGGGGGCCUUCUUGUGGGUGUGGCGCGGCGAGGGUAUUUGAGGAGGCGUGGUUGGUUGUGCACUAGGAGAAAGGACGUGCGGCGGUGUAUGGGGUGUCUGUAGUUCGCAGCUGCUAGUGCUGGUGGUCUCGGCGUUCCUCCGCUCGGUGAGACCGGCGUGUGUAUAGAUUGAUUGCUGUGAGCCACGGCUCUCCCUCCCUCAGUAGAGAUUAUUUUUCUCGACGAGUCGAGCCGUAAGAAGACUUGGUGCCCCUGUGUCGGGGGAGGGUUACGCGCGGUCGCCGCCAAAGAGGCAACGGCCUGAUACUACAGUAAAUUCUUGUGAGACUAGGAUUCUGUCUUUUUUGUUAGUCGGGUCAGGAACUCCAGUUUGCAAUUGGGGAUUUAGUUAGCAGCAUAGCAUAGUUUUUUUUUUUU